AUGAGCCCGCAUCAACUAGUCCCAUCUGUUGAGGCUCUGCCUAGUAAGAUUCGUGCCGCGGAUCUCGUCGUGUUGUCCGACACAGCGCUCGGCAGUUAUCUUAAUGAAGAUCGUCUUGAUGGUGGCGUCGCCAUUUGUAUUGAUGUGGAAGACCCUGAAAAUCUCCCUGAAAGCUUCAUUCAAAAGCUUCGGGAUAAGGCUCAUGAUCUCGCCGAGGCAGCCCGAGCCGGCGGCGUUAACCUCGAUGAAGUCAACAGCCGCCUGUUGAACAUCGUCCGUUCUGAUACGCCAGUCGGUGACCAUGAUGCAGCUCAAUUUGUUUCGUCGAUGCCUUCGACUCGAGGUUCAACUCCCGAAAACGACAUGGUGGAAAGAUAUGAGAGGGAAUGUUAUGAGGAGCUCCUUGCUGAUGGGGGGCGGCCAAUGUAUCCAAUCGAGUUGGUUAACCACCUAGCUGAAGAUCCGGCCGCCUACCCCCAUCUUGUUCGCCCAUGGCCCCUUUUGCCAAGAAUGAGCCACAUCCAGAACGGCCCGCCCCAAGGUUGGGACGCCAACAGGGCCUACAACGUUUUCGUGACCCAGUUUCUCUCCAAAGCUUCAACUUACUCGGACGCGGCGGUGAAUCUAUUGAUGGAACACCACUUCAGCCGGCCCGACAUUCAAUUCCUCCAGGAUCCCACACAACAAGACAAGUUAACGGAAUGGAUUGAGUACCUUGCAUUUGAAUGCGCGCAACACAACCGUUACGUGUACCAACUCCAACGUUGUCAGAAACGGAUUGACGCGUGCUGGGAGAAGCUCGCCAGUUCAGGACUACUACGACCGUAUGAGACGCGGGAGUACCUGUGUUCCAAGUCGUCCACCCCGGCGUAUCAAGCGGAGGUGGACAGGAUCCAGAGGGAGCUAGACUUAGCUGAAUUCGAUUUCGAGGAGGCACAAACGGAUGCUAACACGGAUCCGACAACGAUGGCGAUGGCAACGCAGAAGUUAGACGAGGCGAAACGCGAGAUGGAAGUGUUCCAGCAGCGAAAAGAACUGACCAUCCCAUACAACACCCAAGUUCACAAUCGACGCAGGCUGGAAGAGGAGCAAGAGAAGCAGGGACGUCUCCUGCAGUGGGUUCGCGACCAAGUGCCCCUCGUGGAGGCCGAGGUUCGUACAACCCUCGCGUCCGAAGGCGGCCUACCAGGAACGGAUGUCCCGUCGAACGGAACGGCGACUCGCAAACGGGCCCGUGACGUCACAGACUCGGCGAAGGGAGACCCGCCAUCCAAACGAUCGAGGAGCGCAAGCCUGGAGCCAAAAGGCUCGGGCAUCAUUCCAUCACCCAAGGCGACUACACCACCGCCACAAUAA